UUGUUCUGAGUGUAAUAUGAACUAAAAUUUAAAAAAUUUUCUGUUGAUGUGUCUACUCUUGAUUUGUGCGUUUCACUUUAAAUGAAGUUCUUUAGACAAAAAAGUCUUUUAGCUAGAACUAGUAUAUAUAUACAAUUAUACAUUUAAACAGUUUUUAAAAAUGGAGAAAUAAUAUUAUCAAUAAACUCGAUAGUAAAAUUUUUUCCAGGUAAACAAUAGAUUAUUGCAGCUGAUGCUAAUUACAUACAAAUAAUCUCGAAAUUAGUUAAUAUAAAGUUCAAUCGGAGUUGGACAGUAGCAGAGAGAAACUUAUUUUCAUUAAUUAUUAUCGCAGUGAAAACUGUUUAAAAAAAUGAUGGUUGAAACCAAGAGAAAAUGCGUACGAGAAAAUGAAAAUUGGAAAGACGCAGGAUUAAAAGAGCUGUCACGGAAAUUUGAUGGACAUAUUAUUUGAAGAUUAAUGCCUAGACAUCGAGGAGGCAUGUACGUCGUUAUUCGUGAUGGAAUUUACAACUGGAUAUAUUUAUUAAAGCUGCACUGCCGCCGACAAAUGCUUGGGUAAAGAAGAAAAGGGAAAACGUCUAUCGUGGAUAUGUUCUGAGCAAAAAGUCUUGUAAUGCGGAUAAUAUGCAAUUGGUCAAUUAUGGUAAUAAAGAUGACCAACAUCUCGUAUACCAAUGAAGUCGAAAUACAUAUUUGCCAAAUUCCGGAUAAUUUUGACCAGAUAGAGGACCCGAGAACUGCACUUUUGAGAAGAAUUAGUUAUGGAAUUAUUCUGCCGUCUAUAUGCUGUUUGGGCAUCAUUGGUAACAUUCUGAAUCUCAUUGUACUUACUAGGCGAAACAUGAGAGGCACCGCGUACAUCUACAUGAGGGGAUACUCAGCAGCCGCUCUACUGGCAAUAAUAUUUUGCAUCCCCUUCGCCCUAAGAGUUUUGAUUCACAAGGAGACAGGUCGCUGGAGUAAUUGGUUUGAAGCUUUUUAUCACGCUCAUUUAGAGUUGUUUUUAGGCAACGCUUGCUUAGGCGUGGGAGUGAUGAUGCUCUUAGCUCUGACAGUGGAAAGAUAUGUGAGUGUCUGUCAUCCUGGGCAAUAUACAAGACCACUUUGCGGACCACCUCAGCUAACCGUAGCUCUGAUCCCAAUUGCUACAUUUGUGGUUUACCUUCCCAGUGUGUUUCGUGGAGAAAUUACAACAUGUCUCCUUGAGGCAGGUGGCCCCUUAAUCUUUCAAAAGAGGGACAGUGUUUCCUUCCUAAACUCAGUCUUUUACCAGGUGUACAAGGUAGUGUUGGAAGUGGCAUUCAAGGUGGCCCCUACAAUUCUUCUAGCGGGAUUCAACCUCCGAAUAAUGAUAGUUUAUAAAAAAUCAUGUGACCGACGUCGCAGGAUGACGCUCUCAAGGACAGUAAGUAAUGAAGAAGAUUCUAGGACAUUCGCAGAAGAGAGAAGGCUGAUUCUUCUCUUAAGUAGCACUAGUAUUCUCUUUCUGGUUUGUGUCAGCCCCAUGGUGAUUUUAAACGUCACACUGAGCGAAAGAAAUCUCAGCCUCUUUCCCUAUCAGAUAUUUAGAGCUCUCGCAAAUCUGCUGGAGGUGAUCAAUUACUCAAUAACAUUCUACAUUUACUGCCUCUUUUCGGAGGACUUUCGAAACACCCUGAUCCGCACUCUACACUGGCCAUGGGGCAAAGAUGGUGCAGGAGGAGGUGGAGUUGGUGGGGGCGGGGGUGGCAGGGGUGUGCCUGCGAAGCGCUCUCCACAACCAAGACCAACGACUACCACCACACCCCCGACAACAACCUCUGCCACCCCCGGUCUUACUGCUCGUGCGAGUGCGUAGUUAAGUUUGCGACCGAGAGAAAAAUAAGAAAAGAAAGUUGGAAACUUAGUUGAAAGUAUUAUUCAAAUCUACGAUCGUUCUUUCUAAUCGAACAACUUGAAUUUUAUAUCCACAAGACGUGUAAGGCUGCAAUUAUAGUAAUUAAUUUUUAAUUUUUGAUACUGAAGAUACUAGAAUAUUUUUUCAAGAGAGAUAAAUAAAAGUAACAAUUUUCAACAAAUUUCUUCUUUUAAUUCUUCCGUAAAUCGCGUGCACUGAACAUAAAUCUGAGCUAACAAAAUAAGCUCCCAUUAUACACGUUAUAUCGAGAAUAUGAAAUAGGAAUUGAAAACCUACAGGAGAAAUUGGGUUUUUGUCUAUAGUUGAAAUAAGUUCAGGUCAAAAUGAUAUCGUCAUCUAUCAUCUUCAUUUGAAAAAAAA